AUGUCAGACCGGGAGCCCAAGACAUUUCUUUUCAAGACACCCUUGGAGAAGGAUCUUACUCGACGGUUGAUGCAUGCACAAUAUAUCCGAACUGAUCAGGAAUACGCUAUCAAGAUCCUUGACAAGAAUCAUCUCAUUCGAAAGGACAAGAUGCUCGUUGCCCUCGCAGAGAAGGACAUCAUCGUCAAACUGGGUGUCCGUCACUCCGGUACCAUACGCUUACACUGA